CCUGUCCGUCAGCUUCCUGCCGGAAGUGCGGAAGGCAGUCCAUUCGGUGGUUUGGCUGCAUCUUCGAUGGCGGGAUUUGGGCAUUUGUGGAGUGCGGAUUGCUAGCGUGCACACGUGGAUGUAAAUCUAACUUUGUGGGAGCUGCAGCGUGCACGGAGGCGUGUUGCUAGUGUGUGUCCCGGGCUUCUGAUUGGAAGAUCUGUUUCCAGCUCUGUCGUCUGGGACCGAAUUAGAGGCAUCAUGGAGGCCCCACCAGUCACCAUGAUGCCAGUCACUGGGGGCACCAUUAACAUGAUGGAGUACCUCCUGCAGGGAAGUGUUUUAGACCACAGUUUGGAAAGUCUUAUCCAUCGCCUUCGUGGUUUGUGUGACAACAUGGAGCCCGAGACUUUCCUCGAUCACGAGAUGGUAUUUCUUCUUAAGGGCCAGCAGGCCAGCCCGUUUGUUCUAAGGGCCCGGCGCUCCAUGGACAGGGCAGGGGCACCCUGGCACCUGCGUUACCUGGGACAGCCAGAAAUGGGAGACAAGAACCGCCACGCUUUGGUGCGCAACUGUGUGGACAUUGCCACAUCCGAGAACCUCACAGACUUCUUGAUGGAAAUGGGCUUCCGCAUGGACCAUGAGUUUGUCGCCAAAGGACACUUGUUCCGUAAGGGCAUCAUGAAGAUUGUGGUGUAUAAGAUUUUCCGACUCCUGGUCCCCGGGAAUACAGACAGCACAGAGGCCCUGUCGCUCUCCUAUCUUGUGGAGUUAAGUGUGGUCGCACCAGCUGGGCAGGACAUGGUCUCUGACGACAUGAGGAACUUUGCGGAGCAGCUCAAGCCUCUGGUUCACCUGGAAAAAAUAGACCCCAAAAGGCUUAUGUGAUGAAGAAGGUCUGUCCUCACCUGGAGGUGAAAGAUCUCCUGAGUGCCUCAGUUCACUGUUGCCAGGCAGCCUGACCCCCUUCAGGAAGAUGGGUGGUGAGGAUUUGGUUCCCUUGAACUGUCCUUCAUAUGGGAAUUUCUUUUUUUUCUCUUAUUGGUGACAGGGUCUUACCAUGUAGCCCUGGCUCACCUGGAGCUCACUACAUAACUAGCUAGCCUGGAACUUAGUUUCCCUACGUGUCUGCCUAAGUGCCUGUGUUAAAGGAUCUCCUUACCAAGUUUCAUUUCCUUGAUAGUCUUUUCCAAAUAAAGACCCAGGAUAGCAUGGAGAUUUGUUCAAGUCCUGUCUCCAGUGAAAGAGAGGGAACUGGAACAUGCUGGCUUUUCAGAGGAAGAUGUCAAAAGCAACUCUGAUAAUUGUUUUGUCUUGUCUUUUUUUUUUUUUUUAAAAUUCUUAUAUUUAUUUUUUGUCUUCAUAUGUUUUUAUUUGUUCUGUUUUACCAUUUAUAUAUAAGGUUUGGAACAGUGUUGUGAUCUGGCAUUGUAUGGUAAUAAAGACAGAAAAGAAACAAUUGCAA